AUGUCUCAGAUAGACAAGCUCAUUCCGAUUGUCAACUCCUUGCAGGAUGUCUUCAGUGCCAUAGGGCAGGACAAGACGAAUAUCGACCUGCCGCAGAUCACCGUCGUCGGCUCCCAAUCUGCGGGAAAGUCAUCGGUUUUGGAGGCUGUCUGUGGGCGCGACGUUCUCCCCAGGUCUGCCGGCAUUUGCACGCGGCGCCCCCUGAUCCUCCAGCUGAUUCCGACAAAGCCCGGUCAAUUUGUCAAGGACGAGAAGGGCAAGACAUACGAGGAGUGGGGCGAGUUUUUACACACAAAGGACAAAAAGUUUGUCCACUACCAAGAGAUUUGCAAGGAGAUCGUCGCAGAGACCGAUAGGGUCACGGGCGGGACACUCAACGUCUCCCCCCUCCCGAUCCGCUUGAAGCUUUUCUCCCCUACCGUCGUUCCCCUCACGCUCGUCGAUCUCCCCGGUCUCGUUAAGAACGCUUUGCCGGGCCAGCCAGCGGACAUCGACGUUCAGAUCAAGAAGUGCGUUUACGAGUAUAUCCAGAAGCCGAACGCCGUCAUUCUUGCUGUCUCUGCUGCAAACGCCGAUCUCGCAACUUCUGACGCACUGCAGGCUGCGAUUAACUGCGAUCCCAAGGGUGACCGCUCCGUCGGCGUUCUCACAAAGAUCGACAUCGUCGACAAGGGAACAGAGGCAACGGUGGUGUCGAUUCUCCGGAACGAGGUGCACUACUUCAAGUUGGGCUGGAUCGCUGUCAUGAACAGGUCCCAGAAGGACAUCGACGCUCAGAAGACGAUUGCGAAGCACCUGCACGACGAGGAGGAGUUCUUCCGCACUCACGAUUACUAUAAGCCUCUGGCUGCACAGAGCGGAGCCAAGUACCUGGCGAGACGGCUCAACCAGGUCCUCAUCAACCACAUUCAGAUUGUCCUGCCAGACCUUAAAAUGAAGGUCCACCUCCAGCUUGACAAGUAUUCCAGGGAGCUGGCAUCCUAUGGACAGCACCUUGAGGGUCGCGCAGAGAUGGAGCGUGCUCUCCUUGGGCUCAUAUCCUCCUACGAGAAGGAGUACAAGGCCAUCCUCGAUGGUUCAUCUGCCGGUGCGUCUAAGAACGAGCUAUAUGGUGGUGCCCGUAUCUCCUACAUAUUCCAAAGCGUCCUCCCCAAGAUGUUUGACACAAUCAGUAUCCAGGAGAUCCUCAACGGCGAGGAUGUCCGCACACUCAUCAGAAACUCCUCUGGUACCAGGUCGAGCCUCUUCCUUUCUGAGAGCGCCUUUGAAUUGCUUGUGCAGAAAGUUGUUCGCAGGCUCGAGGGCCCGUGUAAGCACUGUCUCCAGCUGGUCAAGGCUGAGCUCAUAUCCAUUGCCAAGUCCAUCCCAACACCGGAGAUGAAGAAGUAUCGCAGGCUCUGCAACGAGUUGGUCAACACGUGCAUCAAGCUUAUUAACGAUCUUACAAUGCCGACUGGGAAGUUCCUCCAGGACCUCAUCCACUCCGAGCUGUGCUACAUUAACACCCUGCACCCCGAUUUUGUCGCUUCCCAGGAGUUUAAGGGACACAUUGACGGCCAGAGGAAUAUGGCAAAUCUAGACGUCUCGAAUCAGGGCUUUGGCGAGAGUAACUUCGGUGGUCCGGGCGGCCCCGGCAUGGGCGGCUUUCCCCCUGGUGGACCUGGCGGUCCAGGUGGUCCCGGGGGACCUGGGGGGCCUCCGGGUGGUCCUGGAAUGAACCGCGGCCCUGGAGGACCUCCAGGCGCACCAGGAGGCCCCGGUGGGCCCAUGAAUCGUGGCCCCGGCGGUCCUGGGGGACCAGGUGGCCCAGGAGGACCCGGCCCUCAACAGUUCAACGAGUCUGUGCCGGAGAAGAUCAAAGCUCAGGGUCCCCUGUCGGAGGCUGAGAAGCUUGGUGUUGACCUCAUCCCGCGUCUGAUGAGCGCAUACUAUCGAGUUAUUCGCAAAAAGAUAGAGGAUUCUGUUCCGAAGGCGUGCAUUGCCUUUCUUGUUAAGGCCUCGAUGAACCAGCUUCAGGAGGUUUUGGUCAGAAACCUUUACUCCGGAGAUAAGAUCGAGGACCUUUUGUGCGAAGAUCCCUCCAUUAAGGAGAAGCGUGUCGCAUGCAGAGAGCUCGUCGAUGUUAUGCAACGCGCAAGCAAUAUUCUCGAUAAGAUAGGUAACAUCCGCAACGUCGAGGACCUUGCCAAGAAGGACUAA